UUCAUCAAGGACGCAUUAACAACCAGAAGUACACCACUGGCUAUUAUUCAUGAGAAAUUGAUGAAGAAAGUUCCCAAAAUGUUAAUUUCAUCACCAACAUCUCAUUUUGAGGAAGUUUUUGGUAAUGAUUUGACUAAUAGUGCUACAGUGGAGGACUCAUUGACAGCCGGAUCUUCACCACUGGCUAUUAAUAAUCAUGAAAAAUUGAUGAAGAAAGUUUCCAGAAUGUUAAAUUCUUCGUCGUCAUCAUCUCAUGUUGAUGAGCAGCAGAGCAGCAAGCCUAUAAUUAUUCGUUAUUGUAAGAGCGGAGGCGAAGAUGACUUGAGACUUUAUAUUGUCAAUGGAACCUCUGAAAAGGAGUGCAAGACCAGGGGCCUGAACUCACUGAAAGGAGCUUACCUUGUAAACGCUUGCGGCGGAUUAGCGUUGAUUUCGACUAGGAACUACCUGGAAGCAUAUACCAAGUAUGCUGUGUUUA